AUGGGAGCAGCCCUCUACUUUCACCAACGUCCCAGCUACUACGAGAGCAUUGAGUACCUCGCUCUCGACACGAUUCCACCCCGCCUCACUUGCCUUCGUGAUGCUGCGAUUCUUCACCCGGAGCUAGGCGGCCAUGCCGUGCACGUGGUGGAGACGUACUUUAACAAGCUCGACGACAACAAGAAUGGAGUCCUAGAUGGCGCCGAGAUACCGGAGUUCUUGAAGGAGGCGCUGGCGGUGCCUGCAGGCUCCGAGGCAGACUGUGCCUCCUCCGUGGACGAGGCGCUCCAUAUCUUGGACAAGGAUGGCAAUGGCUCCCUAUCCAAGCAGGAAGUGCUCCAGGCCUUCGUGCGGGAGGGAUGGGACGCAAUCUAG